AUGUCAUCCUAUACCUACUUUCCCGGGUCUGUUGCAGCUCCAACCUUCCUCGGCUCCGGCCUCCUCCUCGGCCUCCUCCUCCACACUUUCGCCUUGUUGGCCCUUUUACUCACUAGCAAUGCGAUGAAGGCCGAGCCGGCACCAGUUUCUCUCCUACCGGCGGCCCCGGCGUUCACCGAGACCGACUUUCUCCAGAUGCUCGGGGUGACAUCUGUGAAGCGGCACCUCAAUGCACUCUUCGGCCUUCAGGGUCAAAUCCAGCAUGCCAUCCUCAGCGCCCUCUCGCCGUUCGAAGAUGCCCUUGACGCCGCCAUGGCUGUUGCCAGCACCAUCCGAGACCACACCACCGCCCUCCAUGACCUUCGCAAGAGCGUCGAAGCCGCUAGGGCUGAAGCUGCCGCCGCCAAAGCCGCCACCGCCCAGCUUCAGGCAAACUUCUCCUCCCACCAGGCCGCUUCCCAGCGCACCAUCGAUCAACUCAUCACCCGGGUCGACGAGUUGAGCGCCCGCCUCUCCGGCACCUUCUCUCCCCCGGCUGCCUCCUCGUCGCCUUUGCCUCCACCCCCCUCUGACCUGGAUUCCGAGCUCUCCAACCGUGAGUAUCCUGACCACAACCUUCCUGACGACCUCGCAAACCAGCUCUAUGAUCUUGUCGCAGGAGUUUCCGACGACAGCGACUCUGAAUUCAGCCAGUCGAAUGAGCCGGACGCCGAAUCUGACGCGGAGUCAGAUAGUGGGGGUGAAAGGGAGAAGGGUGACACCAAGGCUGGUCAUCGUGUGGAUUCUCGAUCGCCCUCUGAAGGUGAGGGGGAUGACGCUGAGGCUGGUCCUCAUGUGUUGCCCCGACCAUCCUCUCCUCUUCAAUCCGCCUUCCCGCUCCGUGAUGGCCCUACGAUGCCGCCGCCAGUUGGCAGAAAGAUCGCCAAACCGAAGUCCCGAAAGAAGGGUUAG